AUUCAUAGUUAUAUACACACAGAGAGAGAGAGAGAUGGGAGUGACAAACAACAAAGGCAAAGUGUGUGUGACUGGUGGAACUGGUUUUCUUGGUUCUUGGAUGGUCAAAAGGCUUCUUCAACAUGGUUAUCAUGUCAACACAACUACUAGAAUCCAUCCAGAGCGGAAAAGGGACCUCAACUACCUCACGAGUCUCGAGGGUGCACCCGAGCGGCUCUCGAUAUUCGACGCGGACCUCGACCGGCCCGAGAGCUUCGGCGCGGCGAUCGAGGGGUGCGCGGGCGUGUUCCACGUGGCGCACCCGCUGGACUUCGAGGAGAGAGAAGCGGAGCGCGUGAAGAUAGACAGAGUUGUGAACGGAGCCGUGGGGAUUCUGCGCGCGUGCGUGGACGCCAAGACCGUGAGGCGCGUGGUGUACUGCUCGAGCGUCGCCACGGCCGUGUUCAACGAGGAGGCCGGGGGGCGCGAUGUCGUGGAUGAGGGGUCGUGGACGGACGUGGAGUUUCUGAGGGGGCUAGGGGUGUUUGGGGGGGCGUACAUGGUGACAAAGACGUUGGUGGAGAAGAAGGUUUUGGAGUUUGGAGAGAGGCAUGGAUUGGAUGUGGUGGCGCUUCUUCCUUCUUGGAUUCAUGGUCCUUUUAUUUGUCCUUAUGUCCCGGAUUCCGUCUCCAUUUUCAUGGCACUUAUCCGAGGGGACAAGAAAUGUUACCAACGACUUGUUCAGACCAGUGUGGUUCACGUAGACGAUGUCGUAAGAGCUCAUAUUCAUUUGUUUGAGUAUCCUGAAGCAAAGGGGAGAUACAUUUGUUCAAAUGUUGACAUUACUAUUGAGGAAUUGCAUGAAUUUUUAUCGAUUAAUUACCCCCAAUAUCCGCUACCAUCCACAGAUGAGUUUGAGAAUUUGAUACGUGUUAAAUUCCCGGUAUUGUCAAGUCAAAAGCUCCUUGAAAGUGGAUUCAAGUUCGAAAAUGGGAUUCAAGAAAUGUACGAUGGAGCAAUCAAAUCAUACAAACAACUUGGUCUUCUAUAAUUCUGUUUUCGUGUAAUAGCUUGCAAACCACGUAUUACAUGAAUGUCACUCGUUUGAUUUAUUUGUAUUUCUCUUCAUGCAUUUUUAUAGGUUGGUGUAAUAAUUCUGUGGGGAUGUUGCUGCUUUUGGCAUAGAAUUUAAAAAGCUCUUAUGUAUGAUUGAUUAUGAUAGUGAGUUUUAAUUUUUAGACCAAAUUAUUCUAUUUAA